AUGGCCGACAGCGCAGAGGACCAGUUGACGGCGCUCACACCAGCGCAGAGGAAACUGUUUGAGCUGCGCAUGAAGAUGAAUGCAGGACGGAAGGCGAACAAACAGGAAGUGGCAGCUGAACACGAACGCAAUCAGAACAACGACACGAAAGUCAAGAAGGAGGAGCAGUACAGGCAUAGAAAGGAGAGGAAGUUUGUAGCUGCCAGUGGCGCAGCUCAUCUCAACGAAACGGCUGAAGUGGCCGCGAUCAAGAGGAAGAAGGCGAGCAAGAAGGAGAAGCGACAAGCUGCGUUCGGAUGGGACGUGUUUAAUCAAGACUCGUUGUACAAGGGCUACAAGAAGCGACUCGUGCAUUUGCCCACGUCUGAAGCAGGUGCUGCGCCUGUUGCGACAUCAACCGACAACGCGCUCGGCGAUGACCUGACGUAUGGCAAAGACGACAAAGUGGACGAGGCACAUCUGGACCGCAUGGCACAGGAGCUCGAAGGACGUGUCAAGGCGCGUAAGCAGUUUAGUCGUCGGCGCCAGCACCACGAGGGCGAAGACGUUGACUACAUCAACCACUCGAACCGCAUCUUUAACCGGAAGGCGUCCAAAGCGUUCGACAAGUACACGGUGGAGAUCCGGCAGAACCUCGAGCGUGGAACUGCGUUGUAG